AUGGGGCAGAGCGCCCCCCAGCGGCUCCUCAGCGCCUUUGGCCGCUCGGAGGGUCCCUUCGGAGCCGUUUGGGGGUCUCCACGGGGGCUCUCUUCUCUCCUCACAGCAACCACAACACCACCGCCACCACCACCGCCAUCGUCACCGCCGCCGCCGGCGCCAUUGCCGCGGGAUCCCCUUUGCUGCCCGCAGUGCGGGAAGACCUUCGCGUUCGCCUCCCGCUUCCGGCGCCACCGCAGCGCCCACGCGGCCGAGAAACCCUUCAAGUGCGGCGCCUGCGGGAAGAGCUUCGCCGAGAGCUCGGCCCUCCUGCAGCACCGGCACCGCCACAGCGGCGAGAAACCCUACGAGUGCGGCGCCUGCGGCAAACGCUUCGCCUACAGCUCCAACCUCAGCAAACACCUCCACCUCCACGCCGGGCGCAAAGCCUUCGGCUGCGGCCGCUGCGGCAAACGCUUCGGCGAAAGCAACCACCUGCGCGAGCACCAGCGGACGCACACCGGCGAGAAACCCUACGAGUGCGGCGAGUGCGGCAAACGCUUCGGCUACGGCUCCAACCUCCGCCGCCACCUGCGCCAACACAGCGGCCGUAAACCCUUCCGUUGCGGCCACUGCGGGAAAUGCUUCGGCGAGAGCGACCGGCUGCUCGUCCACCAGCGCACGCACACCGGCGAGAGGCCCCACCGCUGCGCCCACUGCCCCAAGGCCUUCAGCCGCGCCGCCGACCUGGCCCACCAUCGCCGGCGCCUCCACGCCGACCCCCGAGGAGGUGGUGGUGGAAUGGCUUCCGGCGCUGCCGCGGAGGCCGCGGGGUCGGGGGGAGGCGUCGCGGGCGCCGUGGGUGGAGGCGAAGGUGGCGGUGAUGGUCCGUGAGGGCGAUGGCGGCCGUUGAGGCUCUGCCGUUGGGCCUUUGGGCUCUUGACGGGAAGAGAUGGGGACGUGGGGACGGCCCUCGGCGCUGCCGCGGCACUGCCAGGGGUCAACGGGGGUCAAUAUGGGUCAACGUGGGUCAAUGGGGGUCAAUGUGGGUCAACAUGAAUCGAUAUGGGUCAACGUAGAUCCAUGGGGGUCAAUGUGGUGGAUCAACAGUGGUCAGUGUGGGUCAAUGGGGGUCAAUGGGGGUCAAUAUGGGUCAACGUCAAUCGAUGUGGGUCAACGUAGAUCCAUGGGGGUCAACAGAGUUGAUCAAUAG